AUGAACAGCAGAAUAAGAAUAGACUGUUCUUUAUCUAUCUAUCUAUCUAUCUAUCUAUCUAUCUAUCUAUCUUUCUAUAUAUCUAUCUCAUCUAUUCUUUAUCUACCUAUGUAUCUCAGUCUGUUUUCUAUCUAUCUAUCUAUCUAUCUAUCUAUCUAUCUAUCUAUCUAUCUAUCUCUGUUCUUUAUCUAUCUCAAACUGUUCAUUAUCUAUCUCUCUAUCUCAAACUGUUCAUUAUCUAUCUCUCUAUCUCAGUUUGUUCUCUAUCUAUCUAACUUUCUAUCUAUCUCAGUCUAUUCUUUAUCUUUCUUUCUAUCUAUCUAUCACAGUCUGCUCUUUAUCUAUCUAUCUAUCUAUCUAUCUAUCUAUCUAUCUAAGUCUGUUCUUUAUCAAUCUCAGUCUAUUUUUUAUCUAUCUAUCUAUCUAUCUAUCUAUCUAUCUAUCUAUCUAUCUUCUGUUCAUUAUUCCAAUCUGUUCAUCUCUCGUUUUCUCACUAUCUAUCUAUCUAUCUAUCUAUCUAUCUAUCUAUCUAUCUUCUUCCUUAUCUAUCUACUCAUCUAUGUCUUGGUAUCGUUUGUCUCAAUGAGAGAUUUGCGCAUGCGCUCGUCUUCUCAUUCCCGUCUCGUGACCGUUCCUCUUCUCUGUUUCUUCUUCUUCUUCUUCUUCUUCUUCUUCUUCUUCUUCUUCUUCUUCUUCUUCAGCUGCCGCAUCAACUUCUCCCUCAUUCUCAUUCUCACUAUCCGGUUUCAUCCCUGUUAUUUUUCUUCCUUUUCUUUUUCUUCCAUUUUAAUCUCUCCAAACUUACUUUUCACAUUUCCUCACUCCUUUUCUCUUUUUUUUCCUCCUUCUUCGUCUUCAACCUUUCUCUCUCAUUCUCUCUAUAUAUAUAUUUUACGGUUCCUCUCUUUUUACAGUUACUUUCAGUCUUCCUCUUUUCUCUAG